CAAUUGCCAAGCGACGACGUCGUCGCCAGCAAUUUGGCUUUUGAAAACCGCCUCAGCUGUGCCAUGAAAGCCAAGAAGUCGGCCUUUGCAAACACAUCCACAGGCUACGGCAGGAAUAAGCACAGCAGGACCAGCAAUUCCAACUCGAACUCCAGCAACAGCAAUCCCAACUCCAAGUCGGAAAAUAGCAAAAAGAAAUCGGGAAAGUCAGAGGCAGAUGGCAAAACCACAGUCGACCCCAACAAGGAUGAACACGAUAAGGAUCUGAAUUCCGGCUUUGGGGAUUACCUACGCACGCCGGAGGCAUUUGAAAUGAUGAAAUUGUUUGUCUUCGCCAACACGGUUAUGUUGAUUGUGACUAUGGCUUGGCCAAAUAUUCGUGAGCAAUUCUUUUGGCUGCAUCAGUGGUGGGAAAGCGUGCGUUACGAGCAACAACUAUAGGGAAUACCUUACGUCUAGUAAAUAAAAUAAAGAGUAGA